AUGGAGUCGGCACCUGUUACUAAACAACAGAAACGUGACGGUUUCGUCCAAUCGAGGGGCAUUGGAAGUGCAAUCGUUGAAGAUUCUGGCGAGGGAGAAGGAUGGGCCGCUGUAAGCAAGUGGAUUGGGUCCACAAUCAGUAUGGAUAAAAUUGAUGGACCAGGCAAAAAGGAUGGAGGCCCAGAUUCUCCUGAAAUUGCACUUCUCAAUCCAAUCUUCGAGCUGUCACGCAAGCUUGACCACCAAGAUUGCGACUGCAAGAACUGCUACGCCCUCUUCGAGCAUCCAUUGGGCCAUCGAGACUGCCCAAUGAUCAAAAAGCGGGUCUCAUUCGCAAAGGAAGUUGCUCCAACAGGAUCUGUGCCAACUGAAGCUUUGCUGUUGGAGUUCGAAAAAGGGCUGCUCGGACAACUCGACCUGCAAGAAUUUUUGGAAGAGCAAAAGAAUCAGAAGCAAGAGGAAAAGGUGAAAUUCUUGGAAAAGGAGGUGGCGAAGUUGAAGAAGGCAUUGGAUGGCUGA